AUGCUGUCGCACACCGAGAAGAAGCGACCUUUCACAUGGCAAGGCACCUGGAGAUCUACUCUCCUCGAACUGCCUAAAGGAAGGGAGGCCCGUAUUGAUUGCAGCAAUGUGUUCUCCGAUGUGUUGCAUCGGCCGUUCGUCUGCAGUAACAUCUCGCUAGACCAAUAUUGCAGCAACAUUUCGCGGGCAAACGAGAUCAAGCGAUUCCAGGAUCUCAGUUAUGAGAAUUUCGCGGCUGAUUGGGCCGACAAGCCCUUCAUUCUUACAGAAUGUAUCAGGCCUUGGCCUGUUACCAGGUCCUGGAAUGUUAGCAAGCUCCUGAAGCUAUAUCGUGAUGUCGAGUUUCGAGCUGAGGCAGUGGACUGGCCGUUUUCGACAUAUUACGACUACAUGCACAGAAACCAGGAUGAGAGCCCAUUGUAUCUGUUUGACCGCAAAUUUGUGGAGAAGAUGAGCAUAACAGUCGGCAAGUCCGACGAUGCGGCUUACUGGAAACCAGACUGCUUCGGACCAGACUUGUUCGAGCUGCUCGGAGCUGAACGGCCAGCACAUCGAUGGCUGAUUAUCGGACCGGCAAGAAGUGGCUCAACGUUUCACAAGGACCCGAAUGGAACCAGUGCCUGGAAUGCGGUUAUACAAGGGUCCAAAUAUUGGAUCAUGUUUCCCCCAACGGUCUCCGUGCCAGGUGUCUAUGUGUCUCAAGACAACAGCGAGGUCACCAGCCCACUGAGCAUUGCCGAAUGGCUGCUCGAAUUCCACGAGGAAGCUCGGCAGCUUCCAGAAUGCAGAGAAGGUAUCUGCAAGGCUGGGGAGAUCUUGCAUGUGCCGAGUGGCUGGUGGCAUCUCGUUGUCAAUCUUGAGAGCGGCAUUGCGCUCACCCAGAACUUUGUUCCCAAUGCACACCUUGCAGAAGUGCUGUCCUUCCUUAAGGACCGAGCAGAGCAAGUGACUGGCUUCAAACGGGAGGUCGUCGAUCCUUACACUCUCUUCAUGAACCGCCUGAAGCAGCAAUAUCCAGGAUUGCUAGAGGAAGCGCUCAAGGAAGUUGAAAGAAGAAAUGGGAGAAAAAAGAGGAGAUGGGAUAUUGCCAUAGGCAAAGAAGAAACUGACGGGGCUCAACACGAGAGUACUGGUUUUAGUUUCGGCUUUGGAGGCGGUGAUGACGACGAAAUCCCAUGA